AUGGAAACGAAUAAAGGAGACAAAUUCGAUCCAGAUAAUACGAAAUUUCAAUAUAUUUUUGAUAAUUUACACCAAGAUUUCCAACGACAAAUAAGCAUGGUGCAUCAAAGAAGUUGUCAAAAUCGUAACAAUUUACUGCUACUAAUUGAGCGUAUUUUUAAUUACAAUAAUACUUAUUGCCAUUGCGAUGAAAAUUCAAACUAA